GCACACGCGGAAUCGGCGGAGCGAGUGCUGAGUCGGUGCCGCCGCCGGCUCCCCUCUCACCCGGGAGACGCUUCGGGGCCGCGGAGCCUUGUGGGGCCGCCGCGAAAUGGAGGCGAACGGGAGCGGCAGCAGUAGCGACUCGGCUCCCGACUGCUGGGACCAGGCGGACAUCGAGCCGGGCAGCGGCGCCGGCCCGGGCUGCGCCCCGCCGGCCGCGGAGGCCGAGGCGCAGCAGGAGCUGCUCGGGGCGGCCUUCAGCCGGCAGCUGAACGUCAACGCCAAGCCCUUCGUGCCCAACGUCCACGCCGCCGAGUUCGUACCGUCCUUCCUGCGGAGCGGCCCGGCGCCCGGCCUGCCGCCGCCCUCGCCCCCGCCCGGCCUCCCGCCGCCGCCGCUGCUCGGUAACCGCGGGGCCGGCACCGCGGAGGGCGAGGGAGGCAGGGAGCGAUGGGGGCCAUGUUGGGAGGGAGCGGGGCGAGGGUGCCGGGCCCGCGGAGACCGGGAAAGGGCCGCGCGGGGUGCACCUGUAGAGCCUUCUCCAGAGGAGCAGACAGCCUCUUGUGAAGGUUCAAAUGCUGCUGUUAACAUGGAAAUUUCAGAAUCUGUUGUGGAAAAUGGAGAGACAGAAAUGUCCCCAGAAGAGUCAUGGGAUCACAAAGAAGAACCCAGUGAAGCAGAGCUAGGAGGUGGUCCUGCAGGGGAUGCGGGGCCUUCUGAAGAGAGCGCUCAGGAAAUGAUGGAAGAGGAGGAGGAAAUACCAAAACCGAAAUCUGUUGUUGCACCUCCAGGUGCUCCGAAAAAAGAGCAUGUAAAUGUAGUAUUCAUUGGACACGUAGACGCUGGCAAGUCAACUAUUGGAGGACAAAUAAUGUAUUUGACAGGAAUGGUUGACAAAAGAACACUUGAAAAAUAUGAAAGAGAAGCUAAAGAAAAAAACAGAGAAACAUGGUACCUUUCGUGGGCCUUAGACACAAACCAAGAAGAACGAGACAAAGGUAAAACAGUAGAAGUGGGUCGUGCCUAUUUUGAAACGGAGAAGAAACACUUCACUAUUUUAGAUGCUCCUGGACAUAAGAGCUUUGUUCCAAAUAUGAUUGGUGGGGCUUCUCAAGCUGAUCUUGCUGUGCUGGUUAUUUCUGCAAGAAAAGGAGAGUUUGAAACUGGAUUUGAGAAAGGUGGACAAACAAGAGAACAUGCCAUGUUAGCAAAAACAGCAGGUGUAAAGCAUUUAAUAGUUCUUAUUAAUAAAAUGGAUGAUCCAACUGUAAACUGGAGUAAUGAAAGAUAUGAGGAAUGUAAAGAGAAACUGGUGCCAUUUUUGAAGAAAGUUGGCUUCAAUCCCAAAAAGGACAUUCAUUUCAUGCCCUGCUCAGGACUGACUGGAGCAAACCUUAAAGAACAGUCAGAAUUCUGUCCUUGGUAUAUUGGAUUACCAUUUAUUCCAUACCUGGAUAAUUUGCCAAACUUCAACCGUUCAGUUGAUGGACCAAUCAGGCUGCCAAUUGUGGAUAAAUAUAAGGACAUGGGCACUGUGGUCCUUGGGAAGCUGGAGUCGGGCUCUAUUUGCAAAGGACAACAGCUUGUGAUGAUGCCAAACAAGCACAAUGUGGAAGUUCUUGGAAUCCUUUCUGAUGAUGUAGAAACUGACUCAGUAGCCCCAGGUGAAAAUCUAAAGAUCAGACUGAAGGGAAUUGAAGAAGAAGAGAUCCUUCCAGGAUUUAUUCUCUGUGAUCUCAACAACCUUUGUCAUUCUGGACGCACGUUUGAUGCCCAGAUAGUGAUAAUUGAGCACAAAUCCAUUAUCUGCCCAGGUUAUAAUGCAGUGCUGCACAUCCACACCUGUAUUGAAGAAGUUGAGAUAACAGCCUUAAUCUGCUUGGUAGACAAAAAAACAGGAGAAAAAAGUAAGACACGGCCCCGUUUUGUGAAACAAGAUCAAGUCUGCAUUGCCCGUUUAAGGACAGCAGGAACGAUCUGCCUUGAGACAUUCAAAGACUUCCCUCAGAUGGGUCGCUUCACCUUAAGGGAUGAGGGUAAGACCAUUGCAAUUGGAAAGGUUCUGAAACUGGUUCCAGAGAAGGACUAAGCAUUUUUCUCAAUGACCCCGCACAAUACUGUGAGGAAAAUCGACUCAGCAAAAGCCUACUUCACACCGCCGUCUUAUUUUCUGCCCAUUGAUAAACUUCUCCCCAUAUUUUGCGAAGACAAAUUUCACAGCAAAGGUCCACAUUAUGUCAGCUUUCUCAUAUUGAGAGCUCUGCUAUGCCACUGUUGAAUUUUCCCAAAAAGAAUUUUUUUUUCUCCCAAAUUCUGCUUCCUUGGAAAGAUUCGGCAAUAGCUUUGUAAGUGAUGUGGACAUAAUUGCCUAUAAUUAUGAAAAUCUAAGGGAUUUUUAAUGUUUAAUUUCCCCAGCAUCUAUAGUAAGACCUCUUUUUUCCAGGCAGAUCAUUCAGAGUGUGCGAGUGUGUGUGCACAUGUUACAAAGAUGACUACCAUGUUAAUAAACUAUUCAAUUUGAAAUCUUUUUCGGUAUUGGAAUUGCUUUUGAAUAAUGUUUUUUAUCCAGAUGUAACGCAGUUGCAUUAGCUUUUUAACUUCCCAGUAACCCAGAUAUUUGGUUACUUGGACUUUUCUAAACUCCUCAGCCUCCCCACACACACAGUUUUAAAUGAGGCAAUUGGGCACUCAACCAAGUUUGUAUUAAAAUAAUUAGGUUUGCCCCUUCCCUUUCUUGAAUGCAUUCUGAAAAUGAAAGAACAUUCAUGCAAAUGUGGCACCUUCAUUAGCUUUACAUUUGUUAAUAUCUUCAGCAAAUUUAGGUUGACCUAACAUCAUUACUAGACACAGGAAGUCAAUUUUGAAAGCUAGAACUACAUAUUGUGUCUUUAUGAAAGUUCAGCAUUAUUAAAUUCUAAACUGCAGAAAAUGCUAACAACCAGUAAAUCAGUGAAACUUGAAAAACUAAAGAGAAUCUGUGGCAAUAGUGCCUAUUAGUAUUUAUAAGAGCUACAUUUUGUGGGAGAACUGGGCCAAUUAAAAAGUGCCAGUUACAUAAAUUACUCAGUUCACCCUGUCUUUAAUGUAGAGGACUGGAUAAUCCUUUGCUGUUUUUAAAGAUCAGUCUGAACUGAGAGGGAGAAAGACUAUUUAAAUCCCUAAGAGUUUGCACAUACUGAAAUACGGGAGGGUCAGAAUCAAGCACAGUCUGUAAAUUUUUGCAUAUCAAAAAGCAAUGUAAGCUUAUGAGGACCAGUGAAGUUUUUCUUGAGAAACUAAGGCAAAACUGGUUCAAAGUAAAGCUUACUCAGUACAACUUGAAGGAGCUGCAUAAUAAAAACCUAUUUAGCUGCACUUUGAAAAUGGACUGUCUGCAAUUGCUGUCCUGAUUCUAACAAUUAGGAUGAAGGCUAAGGGAUUUUUUUUCAUUUUCCAGAGUAUUAGUAGUAAUUAUUAAAAGGUAUCUUCUGAGCUUCUUCAGAAUAUCUUAAACUAAACAUUCUCAGCUGUAAAAUUGGUGAGCCCAUCUUCUCCCCCAAAAGUUUACAGUCUAGUGACUAUAUCUGAAUUGAAACUCAAAACUGAAACAGAUUUACCUUUUUUGGGAUUUUUUUUUUUUUGGUUUGUUUUGUUUGUUUCUUUGUAACUGUGGAACUCCCAUUCAUUUCACUUACAGCUACAUUGUAUGGACAGAAGAAGUUAUUGUCCUUCAGUUUCAUAUGACUACACUUGUAGCAACCGUAAUGCAUGGAAUUUAAAUAAAUUUUAUUAUGUCUGCAAAUCUCUGGGCUUUUAUUUUUUUGGUAAAUCUGAGUUUAAAAACUAACUUUUUUUUUCUACCAAGUGAACAAAACCCAUGGUUCCUUGGAUCUAAAACUAAUCAAGAACUUAAAAGCCAUGGAAACUUACUGUCUUGUUCAUAUUCUGGACUGACAUUUCCACAUAUCUGACUGCUUUCUUGAAGUAAGCUCAUGGAUUUGAAAUUUGCAAAGACCAUUAUUGGAAAAUACUUAUAGUUAGAUUCCUAAAUUAUUAAGUCCUUGAAAAUUUUUUUAAGGCGUUGAAAUGUAUCUGAAGACUACAUGAUGUUCCAGCAUCAGUUUUCCACUGUUGAGCAAACUUAAUGUGGGAUUUUAUAACUUCAUUAUUUUGAGGCUGGACUGAGUAUUUAAUAUUAAACUGAAUAAUCACCUGGUGAGUUGGAGUAUCAGUAGAUAGAAAGUCUGAGUAUUUCCAUUAUUCAUCCCAUCUAGUGCAUUUGAUUACCAUUUCCAUAAUUCCAGUUAAUGUCACCUUGUCUGUAAAGGGAGAGGCUGUAUUAUUACCAAUUCAUUAACAGAAUCCACAAUUAAAGACACUCCUUAUCCUGUAGGAGGUUUUUAUUUGGGUAUAGAAUAUUUGCAUUCUAUAGCAAAUAUAUGAAAAUGUAAGGCAUAAAUGUACACAAAUUGGCUGCAUUUUGGGUAGAAGAGCUGGAAGUACAUUGUAUUUGAAUAGUCCUCAGAUUACAUCUCAACUUUUUCAUUUCACCUCCAUUCUACAUUUUAUAGUCCCAUUUUUGCUACUAUUAAAUGCAGCUAAAUCUAGAUGAAAGAAGACAAAAAGAUAAUGUGGCUUUGUUGGAAAUAAAUACUAUUUGCUAAUUCACUGAUGUAAUAAACUUUUUUAAAUUACCAUUUUGAAUACUUCCUUUUGUGAAAAUGUGGUAGCCUGCUUUGCAGAUGAAACAAAAAUAAAGGAGCUGUGCAACUACAACAGUUGAAAGGAAGGGGGGAAAAAAGAGGAAAUAAAAGUUGGAUUGAAGAUACAGCACCCCUAGGAGCACUGCCAGGCUAACUGCUUGCAUGGGAUACUAGCAGGAUAUUCCCAUGGUGUAGCUUUAACUCAUACCAGCAAAACUCUGAGCAUGUUUCUGCAGAAAGGAGAGAUUGGGGUGGUUUUUUUCCCUCAGUAUAAUGGUAUUUGCAUUGUGAUGCUGAUGAGAAUCACACCUUUCUCCCUGAUUGUCAGCCAAAGUUUGUAGUGUAGAUAUGGCUUGAGUGCUUAGCCAUGAUGUAACUUACAAAAACAUAAAUUAUUAUUCUGUAAAUUAAGACCUUGUAUGUCCUUGAACUGAAGACCUUGGUAUAUGUAAAAAUA